AUGGCUGAAGCAGCCGCGCCGGAGAACCGAGAAUCCUGGGAUGAUACGCAGAUUCAGUUUGCGUUCAACACAAUUCUCCACCAACACGGACAGUUUCGAGUCAAUAGUGCUCGGAUCGUGAGCCCGCCUGGUUAUCAGCCGAAAGAAGUCUCAGUAGUCUGGGAGUCACUCGAUCCGAUAGAAUGUCGACAAUAUAUCAGAACACGUGGAUUAGUAUCGAAACGGAGAGCGUGGAUGCCAAUGUCAUAUGAGAAUGACAAAAACUGGAAGUAUAUGACAUAUUUCAUGUCGGACGACUGCAAAUUCUGCGGUUUUGUGUCGGAAUCUAUUGAGAUGGAUCAUAAAAGAGAUGUGAUUCAAAUCGAAUCGGUGAAAUAUAACAAAGCAGCGUUCUGCAUUUAUCUUGAUUCUGAUUAUCUUCAUGGACCGGUUAUAAUUACAGGUGAAAACUGUCACUUCAAAAUGUCCGGGGAGAACGGCGGUCGAAAAUUGAUCUAUUUUGCAUUUCCAAACGAAGAACAAUUAAAGACAAAGAAUCGACAAGACCGUUUAUUCGUUAUAUGUAUUUAUGAUUUCGAGACGAAAGGUGUCACAGUGAUUUCCGAUGAGAAUAUAUGUGAGGAGACGAUAAAUCAAAUCGAGUGGACACCCGAUGGCAGAGGAGUCAUCUUCCAUCGGAGAACUGAACUUUUCUGGUAUCGAUUCGGAGAACAAUACGUGAAUAAGAUCUAUUCGAAUAUUCCACAACCACUUCGUAUCUCUUUUUCACCUGAUGAUAAGCGGCUAGCCGUUUUUCUACCGACCAGCGUAUUUUGUGAGAAAUCUAUUCUUUUGUUCCACUGGCCAUUCGUCAAGGCGGCCGUUCAAUUCCAGCAUGACGUCAUCACAUUAGGAAGCUAUAAAGUGUGGAGUGUUCCCGAUCGGCCAUGGUCUCAUGGUGGAUCGAAUUUGGUGUUCAACGCGAAUUGCCAACAUCAUGUGAUCGCUUACUCCCUCGCCAUCGACACUCUUUCCAUCCACAAACUCCGUUUCUGCCGUCCCUCGAUCGUCGUUGAUGUCAAUAACGACGAGAUGCUCUUCGAGACAGUCGCCGCCAAUUCUCAUUCCCGUCUCUGGAUAUCUUCUCUAUCGACUGGAAUCGAUAAAACUGAAUUCUCGGCGACACUUCUCGCUGGGAAACGGGCGGCCGAUGAGCAAAUGUUCAAUUUCAACGUGAAACCAGUCGACUUUGAUAACGGAGAAUACACGGGAAUACUGUACUUGCCACCGGACAAUUUGGAUCCACCUGGAUGCAAAAUUCGAUUAGUCGUCUACCCGUAUGCCGGGGAACAGCCGAAUCACACCCUUCUCAGCGUCCACCCAUUGCUAUCGGUACUCAUAAAUUGGGGUCACGCUAUUCUUGUAGUCAAUCACCGAGAGCCAUUCGUCGUACAUCCUGAUUCAGAUCUCCCUGACUUUGCAACCUCACAAGAUAUCGAUGAUUUUCAUAAUGCAGUCGUCAAAGUGUUAUCCGAUCAUAGGAGACUUGACGAGAGCUAUGUCUGUUUGUACGGGUACAUGUAUGGAUCGUUUGUGGCGGCGAAUGUUAUCAAACGGCAUCCGAACUUCUACAAAUGCGCGGCGUUCGUCCAUCCGAUUCUCGAUUAUCCAUACAUUCCUGAAAACGAAGAUGAAGAAGAUGAAGAAGACCCGGAACCACUCGAUAUCCUCGAUUCCCGAGAAAUCACAAUCCCCACAUUCCUAGUAUUGCCAAAAGACGACGAUCAUGAAGACUAUCAAAAGUACAGACAAUUGGCGGCGAAAGGUGUUCAAUGCUUUGGACAUUCCGAGUUGGAAGACGAGGAAUCUCAUGAUUACAUUGUCAAAAUUCUUCAUUUCUUCAAAUAUCCGUACGAUGCAUUUCCUCGGCGUGUAGAUGACGUGCAAUCGACGGUUGACGAAGCUGCCACCAAGAACUAA